UGCAGUCGCCGGAUUUAGCAGAGAGCAGGAUGGAAAAGCAAAGAACGAGGAAAGAAAAGUUCUCUCUAUUUGGUUCUCGCUCCAGCAGCAGGACCACCAACCCUCCCUCUUCAUCCUCCUCCUCUUCCUCCCCUGUGAUCCCUUCUGUUCCGAUGAUAAAAAGGUCAGAUCACCCCUGUCCUCAAAUCCCUGUUGGUCCCGGCCUGAGCAAAGCGGAGUUCCUGGAGCGAGUGCGUCGCAGUAACCAGGCCUGCCAGCAGGGGGAUUACACCUUGGCUGUCCGUCUCUACACCGACGCCCUGACCGCUGACCCCCAAAACUGCAUCCUGUACAGUAACCGCUCCGCCGCCUACCUAAGGCUGGGCCAGUACAGCACCGCUCUGGACGAUGCAAUCAAAGCACGUGUCAUCAACCCCAAAUGGCCCAAGGCCUACUUUCGCCAGGGGGUUGCCCUGCAAUACCUGGGUCGCCAUGCCGACGCCCUGGCAGCAUUCGCCUCCGGCCUCGCCCAGGACCCCAAAAGUCUCCAGCUGCUUGUAGGCAUGGUGGAGGCUGCCAUGAAAUCACCCCUCAGAGACACACUUGAGCCCACCUACCAGCAGCUGCAGAAGAUGAAGCUGGACAAGAGCCCGUUCGUGGUCGUGUCCGUCAUCGGUCAGGAGCUGCUGACCCACAGUUUCCACGGAGCGUCGGUCGUGGUGCUGGAGGCAGGGCUGAAGAUCGGCACAUGCUCGCUAAAGCUGCGCGGAUCCGUGUUCUCGGCCCUGAGCUCCGCCUACUGGUCUUUAGGCAACACCGACAAGAGUACGGUCUACAUGCAGCAGGACCUGGACGUGGCCAAGACUUUAGGUGACCAGUCGGGUGAAUGUCGUGCUCAUGGAAACCUCGGCUCUGCUCUCUUCUCCAAAGCAAACUACAGAGAAGCGUUGGCCAAUCACAGAAACCAACUAGUUCUGGCGAUGAAGCUCAAGGACAGAGAAGCUGCGUCCACCGCUCUCAGCAGUCUUGGCCAUGUGUACACAGCUAUCGGUGACUAUCCCAACGCGCUGGCCAGCCAUAAACAGUGUGUGCUGUUGGCACGACAAACCCAGUGCCAGCUCUCCGAGGCUCGACAGCUGGGCAACAUGGGCGCCGUGUACACAGCUCUGGGAGAUUUCACCAAUGCUGUUCAGUGCCACGAGCAGCACCUGGAUAUCGCCAAGACUUUGGAAAACCGGCGUGAGGAGUCGCGGGCAUACAGCAACCUGGGCAGCGCCUACCACUCUCAGCGGGACUUCGACAAGGCCAUAUCCUACCAUACACGAGUCCUGCAGCUGGCACAGGAGCUGGUAGACAGGCCGAUUGAAAUGAGAGCAUAUGCUGGUCUGGGGCACGCUGCCCGAUGCAUGCAGGACCUGGAGAGAGCUUGGCAGUACCACCAACACCAGCUAGAAAUUGCUCAGGAGCUGCAGGACAGAGCAGCACAAGGACGAGCCUCCUCCAACCUGGGCAUCAUACACCAGAUGAAGGGAGAGUAUGACAGAGCACUGAAGCUCCACAAAGCCCACCUGUCCUUCGCCCAGGAGCUGGGUGAUUACGCUGCUCAGGGGAGGGCGUAUGGUAACAUGGGAAAUGCCUACCACGCACUGGGCAUCUACGACCAAGCUGUUCGAUACCACCGACAAGAACUACAGAUCUCAUUGGAGGUGAAUGAUCGUCCGUCUCAGGCCUCCACACAUGGUAACCUAGCUGUGGCGUACCAGGCGCUGGGCGCUCAUGACCGAGCUCUGCAGCAUUACCUUCACCACCUGACCAUCGCUCGAGAGCUCCAGGACACUCAAAGUGAAGCGAGAGCGCUAGCAAACUUGGGUAACUUCCACAGCUGGAGAGGUGAGUACGCUCAGGCCUUGCCGUACUACCAGCAGUACCUGGCUCUGGCACCGGGCCUACAGGACCUGGAGGGAGAAGGAAAGGUUUGCCACAACCUCGGCUAUGCUCACUACUGCCUUGGACAGUACCGAGACGCUGUCAGGUAUUAUGAGCAGGACCUGGCCUUGGCGAAGGACCUCCAAGACAAAUUAGCCCAAGCAAAAGCCUAUUGUAACCUGGGUCUGGCCUACAAAGCACUUGGGGAGUACAACAAGGCAGAGGAGUGCCAGAGAUACCUGCUCUCUAUAACGCAAGCCUUGGAUAACACACAGGCGGUUUUCAGGGCGUUUGGGAACCUCGGGGAUGUGUGUGUGUGUCGGGGUGAUCUUCCAGGAGCUGUAAGGUUUUAUCAGCAGCAGUUAGCUCUGGCUCAGAAAGUCAACGAUCAGAAGAUGGAGGCUGACGCAUACUCAGCACUUGGAUCAGUUCACAGGCUGCUCCGCCAGCUGGAUACAGCGUUGUCCUUUCACAGCCAGGAACUGACUGUCCGUAAGGAUCUAGGUGAUCAGGAGGGGGAGUGUCGCGCUCUUGGCCACCUGGCAGCGGUGCACAUGGCUCUGGGAGACUACGCCACAACCUUCCAGUGCUAUCAGGCCCAGCUCGGCCUGGCGCAGGGGCUCAGGGAUGCCCGUCUGGAGGCCCAGGUUCACGGGAACAUGGGCAUCACCAAAAUGAACAUGGGAGUGUUUGAGGAAGCUAUUGGUUAUUUUGAGCAGCAGCUGGCUAUGCUGCAGCAGCUGAGCGGGACUGAGAGCAUGUUGGAUAGAGGAAGAGCCUACGGGAAUCUGGCUGACUGCUACGAUGCUCUGGGAGACUACGAGGAGGCUAUUCAGUACUAUGAGAAGUACCUGACGGUGGCUCAGAGUCUAAACCACGUCAAGGAUCAGGAGAAAGCCUACAGAGGACUCGGCAAUGCACACAGGGCGAUGGGGAGCCUCCAGCAGGCACUGGUUUGCUUUGAGAAGAGGCUUGUAGUCGCCCAUGAGCUGGGUGGAGAAGGAGGGGGCAAGGCUCAAGCUUACGGGGAGCUGGGCACCUUACACAGCCAGCUGGGCAACUACGAGCAGGCUCUGUCUUGCCUGGAGCACCAGCUUAACAUCGCACGCACAGCAGGGGAUAAAUCACUGGAGGCAGAGGCAAGCGAUAUACUCGGAGGCGUCUAUCAGCUGAUGGCAGACAACGAGACAGCGCUACAGUGGCACCAGAGGGCUUUGGAUAUAGCAGAACAGAUGGGAUGCGUGAGGAGCCAGGGCCGAGCCUACGGGAACCUGGGGCUGACCUACGAAGCGUUAGGAAAGUUCGAGAGGGCCGUGGUGUUUCAGGAGCAGCACCUGAGCGUGGCGGCGCAGACCAAUGAUCUGAUAGCUAAAACUCUGGCCUACAGCAGUCUGGGGAGGAUCCACCAUGCACUGCAGAACUAUGCACAGGCUGUGAUGUAUCUACAAGAAGGUCUGCGUCUAGCGGAGCAGUUAGGUCGGAGAGAAGAUGAAGCAAAGAUACGCCAUCGCCUUGGUUUGUCUCUGUGGGCCGGCGGAAACCUGGAAGAGGCUCAACACCAGCUGUACAGAGCGUCCACGUUAUUUGAGACGAUUCGUCAUGAGACGCAGCACAAUACGGACUACAGGCUGUCCCUGUUUGAUCUGCAGACCAGCUCGUACCAGGCUCUCCAGAGAGUCCUCGUCAGCCUGGGCCGCCAUGACGAGGCGCUGGCUAUAGCAGAGCGAGGGCGAACACGUGCCUUUGCGGACCUCCUGGUUGAACGCCAGAAAGGAAGUCAGCAAGCAGCGAGCUCUGACCCGUAUAUUCCGGUUACUGUAGAGCACAUCCUUGAGACAGUCAAUGGUCAGAGGGCAAUGGUCCUCUACUACUCUCUGGCUGGAGGAUUCCUGUACAGCUGGCUGAUCUCUCCAGGCACAGGUAUUGUGAAGUUUAACGAGGUGUAUCUCGGAGAAGGCGGAUACGAGGCGUCUGAGUUCCAGGACCGCGGGAGCCCACAUGGUGGAGGAGUCGGUGGAGGUCCUAUGUCUCUGGAUCAGUACAUCGGCAACACCAGAGAGGCUUUGGGAGUGGACAGCCACUACAGCAGAGUUGGCUCCAGCAGUGAGACGGAGAGUGAAGCAGGAGAUCUGUUGGAGCAACAGUUCGAGGAGCUGAACAAUAAACUCACCUCAGCCACCGACCCAACAGGCUACCUCCGCAUGGUGUCCAGGAACAACCUCUUCAACAGAAGCUGUAGCAGUAUGACCAGCCUCUACAGUGCAACAGUCUCUCCAGCGAAGGACAGUUUAUCAUCUCCUCCUUACCGGCCGAGUAACAUCGGCAAACCUCCUCUACGAGCCCUUUAUGACUUACUCAUAGCACCGAUGGAAGGGGGCCUGAUGCACAGCAGUGGACCUGUUGGCAGACACCGACAGCUCGUUUUAGUGCUGGAGGGAGAGUUGUACCUGAUCCCGUUUGCCUUGCUCAAAGGCAGCUCCUCCAACGAAUAUCUGUAUGAGAGGUUCAGUCUCAUUUCUGUACCUUCUUUAGCCAGCCUGGGAGCAAAUAUCAAGCCUCAUCCUCGCCGUGGAGGUCCUUUACUUUGCUCCGAUGGAGGUUCGGUGGCGGCUGUGGUCGGAGCUCCGCGUCUCCCCCACAGUGUGAUGGAUCGCUGGCUGUGGGGUCCUUUACCUUCAGCCCAGGAUGAGGCUCUUUGGCUGGGGGAGCAGCUGGGAUGUCACCCCCUCACCGGAGCCAACGCCACUAAAGAGCGCGUCCUCUCCGCUCUGAGUCAGGCUGAGUGCAUUCACUUUGCGACUCACAUAUCCUGGAAACUCGCCGCUUUGGUCCUCGCCCCCGGACAGGAGCACAGCGCGGGAGACGGGGCAGGAAGCAGACCCAAAGAUAAGUCACCGUGCGGGGCGUCGAUGUCAGGAGACACCGCUGACCAGGAUGGAAGAGUCAAGAGUUCGUUUAUGAAGAGUCGCGGCAGCCCGGAGAGACUCAGAUCAGCUGAUGAAAUGAGCGAGGACGGCGAGAGAGCGUGUGAGGUGGAAAGUGUGUGCGACAGUCCGGCACUUCAAGACUUCCUCCUCACUGCUGCUGAUAUACUGGACCUGUGCUUGACGGUCAAACUCGUGGUUCUGAGGUUAUACCCAGAGUCCAGCAGCAGGGUGACAGCCGACGGCGUGGUGGGUCUGACCCGAGCCUUCCUGGCUGCGGGGGUCCAGUGUGUGUGCGUGUCUCUGUGGCCUGUACCGAUCGCUGCCUCCAAACUGUUCACACACACCUUCUACACAGCGCUGCUCAAUGGGACCAAAGCCAGCGCCGCUCUGACUGAAGCCAUGAAGUCGCUUCAGAGCAGCAAACACUUCUCACACCCGUCGAACUGGGCCGGUUACAUGCUGAUUGGCAGUGACGUGAAGCUGAACAGCCCGAUGUCUCUGGUUGGUCAGGCGCUGGCAGAGAUCCUGCAGUAUCCGGACAGAGCCAGAGACGCUCUCAGAGUGCUGCUACACCUGAUUGAGAAGUCUCUGCAGAGGAUUCAGAGCGGUCAGUGUAACCCGAUGUACACAUCACAACAGAGCGUAGAGAAUAAGGUCGGUGGGGUUCCCGGGUGGCAGGCCCUCCUCUCUGCUGUGGGUUUCCGGUUGGAUUUCUCCGGUAGCGGUGCUGGUCUCCCCGCGGCGGUUUUCUUCCCCACGUCAGACCCUGGAGACCGGCUGCAGCAGUGCAGCACCACUCUACAGUCUCUGCUCGGUUUGACUCCUCCAGCUCUGCAGGCUCUCUGUAAACUGGUCACAGCGUCUGAAGCCGGAGAGCAGCUCAUUCAUAAGGCGGUUAAAAGCAUGGUGGGAAUGCUUCAUCAAGUGCUGGUGCAGUUGCAGUCGGGCGACAAGGAGCAGGACUUUUCACUGGCUCCCAUUCAAGUGUCGAUAAGUGUGCAGCUGUGGAGGCUUCCAGGCUGCCACGAGUUCCUGGCUGCACUCGGGUUUGACCUGUGCGAGGUGGGUCAGGAGGAAGUGGUGUUGAAAACUGGGAAGCAGGCCAGCAGGCGGACCAUGCAUUUCGCCCUUCAGUCUCUUCUGGCACUCUUUGACUCCACAGAGCUUCCCAAACGCCUGAGCAUGGACAGCUCUUCCUCUCUGGAGUCUCUCUCAUCGUCCCAGUCGGCGUCCCAACCCCAAUCUUUACCCCUCUCCUUCAGCUGUUACCCACCUCAGCCCUCCUUCUUACCCCCCGUCUGCCCCGACAACCUCUCCUGCGAUGCCAUCUCCGUCUACAGCCUCAGCUCCCUCGCCUCCUCUCUCAGCUUCCUGUCCCGGCCCGAGCCCGCGGGAAGUGACAUCAUCAGCCAGCGGUCGCAUCAGCAGGAGCUGGAGAGGCCUCGGGGAGGUGGGGGGGGUCUGUACGCCUCGCACCGGCAAUCAGGAGGCCUGUCGAGGCGGCUGACGGGUCACGGAGGAGGGUUAGGAGGAGAGGCGGAGGACGAGGAGUACGAGGGGUAUUCCAUCAUAAGCAGUGAGCCUCUGGGACGAGGAGGAGGAGGAGGAGGAGGAGGAGGAGGAGGAGGAUGUGACACGCUGCCUCUACCUGCAGGACACCGCCAAGGCAGAGGUGGUGCAGGGAGAGGAUCUGGCAGGGGUCACGGGUAUCCGAUCACAGUUUCCUCUAAAGGAAGCAUCAGCACACCCACGUCUCCGAUUAAAGCUCCGCCGCUGCCCCCGAAUGUUCCUACCAGCCCCAAACCCAAACAGGAAAUCUCAUCCCCUCAGAGAACCGGCAAAGGGAAGGUUAGCAGCUCUGAGUCGGACCAGUCGAGUACCGAGACGGACAGCACGGUCAAGUCUCAGGAGGAGAGGAUGGGUCCUGCGGGUCAGCUGGACCCUCAGGAGCUGGCCCAGAAGAUCCUGGAGGAGACGCAGAGCCACAUGCAAGCUGUGGAGAGCCUCCAGAAAGCAAACAUUAGAGGGAAGACACUGACUCUGAGAGGACCUGAGGGAAGAGAGGAGGCACAAGCCAGAAAACCUUCCCUCUCCACCCCCACAACCCCGACUCUGACGCCCACAGGAGGAGCACGAGGGUUUCAGCCGUCCGAGACCAGCGCGUUCAGCCGACCUCCCAGCAGAGCCAGUCUAAAAGCUUGUUCCUCUCCUCUUUCCGUCCGUAGUCCUCUUUCGCCACUCUCCCCCUCUGUUUCAACACCUCCUCCGACUCGACCCAAACCUCCGUCCCGCUCCUCCUCUCUACAGAAGAUCAGCUCGGGCUACAGCAGCCCCGCUCGCUCCUCUCCAUCUUUAUCUCUCUCUGUGAAGGAUUCCCCAGAUGUGCACGCGCAGCCCAAACUGAAAUACCCUACCUCACCUUACACCGCCCACAUCUCGCCCUCCCACUCUCCCGCCGGCAGCGUCCCAUCGCCGGCCCUCUCCUACUCCUCCACCGGCUCCGUUUCAGCCUCCUCCAGCCCCGCAAACACCCCCGAACUCCCCCAGUCCAAACACGACAACAAAGUCCAGGCAAUCCACAACUUAAAAACCUUCUGGGCCAACGCCGCCCAGAAACACGAGGUGCCCUGCCCCGCCAGUCUGCUCCGAGGCGGGAAUAAAAAAAUGAGCACGGUUCAGAAAGAUGUUUUGGGUUUGCUGAACCUCUCGCCGAGACACGAGCCUGCGAGCAAAGACGUGGAAGCAUCCGAGAGUCAGAACACUGGUGACAGACUCAACGUUCACCACCAAAAACUGGAGGCCAAACCUCCUCCUCCAUCACCUCCCUCCUCUAAACCUAAAGGCACUAAACUUCACUCUGGGAACGGCUACAAGUUUCUCUCACCUGGACAUUUUUUUCCAUCUUCUAAAUGUUGAGAAUUGGGAUAUUUUAGAGUCAUUAGGCCAAUCCUCUGUUUGAAUUCUCUGUGUUUUUACUAUGACAGAAGCUGUCCGUUUUGUCAGCAAAACCACAUUGUAGCAAUACCUGCUGAAUGACGAGGAUGAAGGAGGAGUGCUGUUAACGUUUUAUUGUAAAGGGAUUUUACACUAAAAGUUUUUUGAAUGUGAUGACUGUGCCUUCUUCUGGAGAGAGCUGGAAGGAGAGAAGAAAAAAGAGCGGAGGGAGCGUCGAUCCUCUGGCUUUAAAUGUGUUUUUAAUGACUGACAAGAGAGCAUGUGUCUCGAUGCCUCCGUGUACACUGAAAAUGAACGUUGACUGAAUGCCCGUCACCAUUACAGAGGA